GCCCUCAGAGUUUCGAAAUCGGCAUGAGAGGGGCCGGUACGUUGAUACCUGCCCGCUUCUUGACGCUCCUUGGCCACUUCUGUGUGCUAGUCACUUUGCUAUGGGAGAACAAUCGGAGUGUUCGUCUCUGUUUGCCCAGCCACUAUGUAGACAGUCACUUCCAGACCUAUCACAAGCGAUUGGUGGUCGGGCUUGCUGUUUCUGUUACUUUCAUUGUGAUUGAAUUCAUCACCUUCAUCCUCGGAGUCACCAUGUUCUCAUCAUCUGUUGCCCUCACCUCGAUCACAGGACAUGGUUUCGCGUCCAUCUUCCUCACGUAUUUCAUCAUGGACGGCUGGUUCUGUGAUUGGUUCUGGAUAAUCUUCUUGUUCUGUUCUGUCAUACCAUUCGUCACAGAUAUCUCAGUUGCCUUUGUUACUUUAUGUUUUAAAAAGUAUUGAUUACAGACUGAUUUGUUUACUAAUAUAUUUUUUCGCUAAUAAACUAGGUAGUUUCAAAUUGAGAAUAUUAAGUAAUUUUUUUAAAUAUAUGUACUAGUGUUUACAAAGUGUAAUCAUAUUUGUUUUGCUCCUGUAUGUUAUACAUCUAUCUUGCUAUAUCGUCUAGAUAAAUCAAAGUGCAAGUGCUUUCACAUUUACCGUUAUCCCCCCUAUUUCAACUCACAAUACUAUCUAACGAACCGCUCCGUUUUCUGUGUAGUAUUCGCAACUGACAACAAAGUCGUUUUCUUUAUAUGGCAUCAUAUAUUUGUUAUUUGAAGAAGUAAGAACAAUAUAUUUAAACGAUGAAGGUCACGGAGAUCUUCAAUAAACUAUUCGUAACCAACGAGCACCAGCACUUGACAAGUUCUAACGAGUACAAAGCGGGAUGGUCGUUUUACUUGGUCCUGGCCGGAGUGGUGACCACUCUCGGCUCCUCCCUGCCAGUCGGCUACAACAUCGGAGUCGUCAACACGCCGGCUGAGAUAUUAAAGAAUUUCUGCAAUGAAAGUUUCAUCAGCCGGUAUGACCUGCCGCUGGACAAUAGAUGGCUGAACGUGCUGUGGUCGGCCGUCGUGUCUACGUUCAUCGUGGGCGGCUGCAUCGGAUCGCUACUCGGCUCGGUGCUGGCCGACAAACUCGGCCGUAAGAAGGCGACAAUAUCAACCAAUAUCCUGUUCAUCUCCGGCGGCGUUCUGUUUGUGUCGUGUCGAGCCGCCGACUCGGUUGAGAUGAUGAUUGCCGGGAGAUUCCUGGUGGGGCUGGCGGGAGGUUUAACAACUAGUAUAGUUCCUAUGUACCUGGCGGAGCUCGCGCCUCCCUCGCUCACCGGCGCUAUGGGGGUCGCCUGCCCCAUGGGCGUCAACGUAGGGGUUCUGGUGGGGCAGGUCAUGGGGCUGGACUCUCUGCUAGGCGGUCCGGACAACUGGCCAUACCUGCUGUCGUGUUUCAUGCUGCUAGUCGUUUUUAGUUUACCCGUGCUGUGCGUAUUGCCGGAGAGUCCCAAGUACCUGUUUGUGGUGAGGAGAGAUGAGGUCGCCGCUCUCAAUGAGUUGAGUCGCGUGCGUGGUGAGAGUGUGUCUCGUGUGUCGUGCGAGCUGGAGUCUCUCAGGCUGGAGUCGUCGUCCAGGGCGGGGUCCCUCUUGGCCGCCCUGAGAGACCCGGCCCUCCGCCUGCCGCUGCUGCUGGUGUGUGCAGCACAGGCCGGACAGCAGACCAGUGGCAUUAACGCGGUGUUCUACUACUCGCAGAGUAUCUUCCGCCAGGCGGGGCUGUCCGAGCACAGUUCGCAGCUGGCGAGUAUCUCGUGUGGCGCCAUCAACGUGUGUACCGCGGUGGUGGUGUCCCGUGUGGUGAGUCACUCCGGCCGCCGUCCCCUACUACUGGGAUCCACACUUGCCGCCACUCUAUCUCUGGCAGCGCUCGGAUUCGCCAAAAUCUAUAGCGAUGCUGUAUCUUGGAUGCCGUUCGUGUGCAUGUCUGCUGUUCUCGUGUAUGUUCUGGUGUACGGCCUCGGUCUCGGUCCCAUACCGUAUUUCAUAGCUUCAGAGUUGUUCGAGGUGUCGUCUCGGUCGGCGGGCAUGUCGUGGGGUUCCCUGGCCAAUUGGGGCGGGAACUUCGUGGUGGGGAUGACCUUCCCAACCAUGCGGGACACCCUCGGCGCCUACUGCUUCCUCGUGUUCGCCGGCAUUACCGGAACACUCUUCGUUUUCCUUAAAUUAUACUUCCCGGAGACUCGAGGCAAAACGCCGGCUCAGGUGGCAGACCUGUGUAGUCGCGGGUUCAAGUCCCGGCCGGUGAGGGCGUCGCGACUUGACAUGUCUUGACAUGACCCGACACGGUCACUUGCAAAUGUCGAUGUUAUUAAGGAAACUUUUAAAAAACCUAUUCUUAUGUAUAUUUCUUACUUCAAAACAAUUUGUCAUUACUGCUGACAUGAACUUGUCAUAAAUAAUAUUUUGUCAGCCAAUUUGCGAUGUGAUAUCUGCUACGCAUAAAGUGUUUUGUAACUGCCUUAGGUUCCUUGAGAAAUUGGUAUCACGAGGGGCCUUAUGUUAGAAGCUGUCAUCACUAGGCCUCUAAUAAGACUUAGUGUUGUAUAUGAAAAAUCUUUUUUUAUUCACCAAAGUGGAGAAUGACAAGUGAAUUUUGUUUACAAAAUAUUUUAAUUAAUUAGGCCAUUUUUUGUAGUGUUUCCAACGACCAAAUUAUCUGAUUAAUUUUAAUUUGUCUAUUUUAUUGUUAUGCCACUGCUUUUUUAUCUGUGGUUAGUAUUUAUUUUAAGCUAGAGGUCGCUUUUUAUAUGAUUUGUACAAAAAAUGUAUUAAAAAUUAUCAUAAUUAUUUAAAAAUCUGUGCAAUUUAUUUAUAUAAAAUAAACCGAACCAAAAAUUAUAUAUCUUAAUGUGAGGCUUGUUGAAAUUGGUUUUUAAAUCCUCUAAAUGUUUGUAAUUUGUAUGUUUUUCUACUUAUUAUGUUUUUUGUUUGAUGUUUGCGGUUUUUAAAGUACAAGGACUAUAUGUUUGAAUUAAUUCCAGGCGUACGAGACGCUGGCUAUCAAAACGUCCUUCUAGUUUUAAGAUUAUAAUAAGAUGUCGUCUCGUCUCGGGAAAGAAAAUACCAAUUAAAUUUAUACGUGGGCCCAAGGCUAUAACUGAUAUCGUCUUAGAGUAAGCGUUUUUGAUAAUUAAAGGUGUACUUAAUAAUUUAUAGGAAGCAUUUUUGGUUUUUAAAUAUCAUAGCAUAAUUUUAAUAUGUGAGAAUAAAUAUAGUGCUAUAAUAUUA